AUGGCCGUGCCGGCUGCCCUGAUCCCGCCGACUCCUCUGAUCCAGCCGCCUGCGCUCGCGCCCCAGCUCGCGCCUCCCGCCACCACCGCGUCCCCGCCGUCGACAACUUCGUCCCCGUCUCCAUCCUCCCUGGCCCCGCCGUCGUCGUCGUCUUCGUCCGGGCCGGGCCAGAACCUGUUCAGGUCGGAGCUCCUCGCCACGGGCAGCCCGGGCAUCCCGACCCCGGGCGCGGCGCUGCCCCCGGGCAAGCCGGUGUACUCGACCCCGUCGCCCGUGGAGAACAUACCGCAGAACAACGAGUGCAAGAUGGUCGAGCUCCGCGGCGCCAAGGUGGCCUCGUUCACGGUGGACGGCUGCGAGCUCAUCUGCCUCCCGCAGGCGUUCGACCUGUUCCUCAAGCACCUGGUCGGCGGACUGCACACGGUCUACACCAAGCUGAAGCGGCUGGAGAUCACGCCGGUGGUGUGCAACGUGGAGCAGGUCCGCAUCCUCCGGGGGCUCGGCGCCAUCCAGCCCGGCGUCAACCGCUGCAAACUCAUCUCCAGGAAGGACUUCGAGACGCUCUACAACGACUGCACCAACGCCAGAUCUGAGAUGAUAUGUGAGUAUAAACUUAUCCUGAGAAAUGUCAACAAUUAG